UCCUAGACCACUGUUUAGUUGAACAAAUACACACUGACUACUGUGAAUAUGUCAAUUAUGUUCUACGAUUUUCAUAUUUUAUUAAUAACCUGCUGUUGUGAAAAAUUUUUAUAUCCCUUUAUAGAUUUUAUACAUUCUUUUUAAUAUCUCAUGAUGGAGAAUAUAGAAAAGAAGAUACCAAGCUGCAGAAUAAGAGGUCCUGGUCCAGUCUACAAAUUGCCAACAUUAACCGGUUACACUGACCACGAUCCAUCGCGACACAGGAAUCCAGCAUACUCCAUUCGACCUAAAACUGGCAUGAGAUCUUAUUUGAUAGGACCUGGUCCUUGUUACAACGUGUCGAAAUUGACCAAGUCUGGACAAGAUAAUCCACCUGCUUAUACAAUCAAAGGCAAAGAAGCAUUGAAAUUGCGAGAUGUUGGACCGGGACCUGGAGCGUACUCGCCCGAGUUGUGUCCACCGAUAAAUCACAGUCGCAGAGCGCCAGCUUACAGUAUCAAGUCGCGGGAUAAGAUGAAGUUACUCGACGAUGGACCAAGCCCGAAUUCGUAUCUUUUACCCACGUGCAUAGGACCCAAGGUGCCCGAUAAGCGGGCCCAGGGCGCAUUUUCUAUUACUGGUCAUCGCGAGAUAAGCACGGCUAUCAUAGGUCCAGGUCCGGCCGCGUACGCCAAAUUGGACUAUAACCUGGUGAAACGUCGGAGUCCCGCAUACAGUCUGAGAGAGCGACAUUUUCUGUCGGAGAAAUUUCGUAGUCCGGCGCCGACCUUUUAUCCGCUGUACGACACGCGAAGGCGCGCACCUAUGUACUCGUUUGGCGUAAAGCAUAGCGAAUGCACCGGAAUACCUAUCAUGCAGCAGGACGAGGAUUGAUUUUGCAACUGGAAGGUCCUUGCGAUAAAAUUGCGUAUUCUCCCGGACCCAAAUAUAAACUCAAAACUCUCGUCGGUUAUGAGGGACAUUGCAUCUCGACGUUUCGAAAUCCAGCUUACACGUUCGGCAAACGUGUGAAGCACAGUUACGAGACAGUCGGCCCGGGACCGAAGUACAU